AUGAUUCUUCUUAUUGUUAUUGUGUUCAUAUACUACGGAUGUUAUCGAUUAUAUCAACGCUUAUUUCCAUCAUCUAAUAUUGAUCCAAAUGGUCUAUACAUAUUAAUCAAUGGCUGUAAUACAGAAUUGAGUCAUUUAUUAGCUAUUGAACUUGAUAAACAAGGUUUUAAUGUCCUUGCAGGUGUCUUUAUUCCAGAUGAUAUUGCUUUACUCAAAAAUAAACUAUCACCAAAAGCUACAGUUUUUCAUCUUGAUAUUACUAAACAAGAAGAUAUUGAUGCUGCAUUUAAAUUAGUUACAAACAAAACAGAAGUUCUUCAUGCACUUAUUAAUUAUGCUGAAAUAAUUUCUGGUAGUUAUAUUGAUUGGACUUCAUUGGAAGUGAUGCGAAAAGUAAUGGAUAUGAAUUUUUUUGGACAUGUUGCAAUGACAAAGAAAUUCUUACCUUUACUUAUUGCAAAACGUGAUUCACGUAUUGUAAAUUUAUCUUCUAUAUCUGGUAUUGUAAGUUUAAAAGGUACAGCUGCUUAUUCAGCAUCAAAAUAUGCACUUGAAUCAUUUUCGGAUUGUUUACGUCGAGAAAUGACUCAAUGGGAUUUACGUGUUAGUUUAAUAGAACGAGUGACUAUGAGAACAUGUUUGCUCGAGAAUCCAGAGGAUUAUAUUAAAAAUUUAUUAGAUGAACUUUCAAUUGAUGUUCAAGAUCGAUGGGGAAUUAAUUUUUUACAGAAUACAAUUAGACGAAUGAUCAAUCCUCCGUUAGUGUUUUAUGUUGAUGAUUCAAAUAAAGUUAUACGAGCAAUAAAACAUGCUAUUAUGAAUACUAAACCGCGUAUUCGUUAUCAACCAGGUUUGCAAUCAAAACUGUUUCUUCGCUUUGUUCGUAUUUGUCCUACCUAUUUAAUGGAUAAACUAUUGAAUAUAGAAGUCAAUUCGAUACCUGCUGGUGUGCAUAAUCAACUAAUGAACUAA